AUGGUGAACAUGGUUGGCUUUAUCGACCCUGCUCUAGUUAGUGCCGACGCUGGUUCAUUAACUGAAAGAUUACGUGUCGUAGCCAAUCGACUUCAAAAAACAGAUGGUGAACAGAUUUUCCUGAUGCCUUACAAUCCAGGCCGUCAUUGGGUCUUGAUCAUUGUGAGAGCAAAGAAGGAGACCGUCUAUUUUCUGGAUCCACUGCCUGGAAAUCGAGUAGUGGAUGAGGACGGGAAAAACAUAGUGAACAGUGCUCUAAAAAUGUAUAAUACACAAAUAGACAGAAUAGGCCGUAAAGCACCUCUUUGGAAAACUCUGUCCGGCACACCAAAGCAACCAAGCAGUGUAGAAUGCGGGUAUUAUAUCAUGCGCUUUAUGAGAGACAUCAUAAAGGAUACUUCCCUGGAAUUUGAGAAGAUGUUUGCGAAGGGAAAGGAUCAAGCGCCGUACCCCCAAGCAGCCAUUGAAGAAGUUAGGAAAGAAUGGGCAGAGUUUGUUUGUGUUCAUAUGGAGUAG